CUUCUAGCCUUUUCGGUAGUAGCGCUCGCUCUUCGAGCUACUCGCAGCCGUCAACAGAUAGUCGACCUAAACUACUACAUACUCGCCGCUACACGCUGCCGAAAGCGGAAAAGCGGAGGAGACAGGCGAAUACAUUGCGCACUGCAAGCGCACAGGACUUUGACAUUGCCAGGGGCGGUCUCCUAAUCACAACAAGCCCACCCACAGCCUCUCUGCGCGUGCCCAGCACUUGACAGGCUAAGGGCAAGGACGAGGAGGUAGCAGGAGAGAACGGAAUGUGGAGGAAGAAGAAGCGGAGGCGGCGGAGGCAGAGGAGACCGAGGCAGCACAAACCACGCGCGGCUCCCGCACGGGGGCCCUCCGGCCAGCCCCGCGGCGAUGCGGCGCUGAUGCUGCCACCCCUUCCUCCUGCCGAACGCACAAAACCCAGAGCCCAGAGCCCCCCCUCCGAGACAGGAAAGCUGAACCAGUCCGCUGCGCGGCCGCCAGGCCUGCGCGUCCGUAGCGCGCAUGGCCAGCAGCUCAGCAGCCUCAUCCUCCGACACGGACCAGGGCCUCCUCGACUCGCGCACCAGGACCUCGGGGCUCCUCCGAGAGGCACCCGCUGGGCGGUGCGCCGGCCCGGCGCCGAAGCGAGCUUGGGCUCCGGAGCGGCUCGCGUGCCCCGAGGCGGCGCGGCGCCAUGCGGACGGGCCCCUCGCGGCGCGGGAGGGUGCGCCGGAAGCCGCCGAGGCGCCGCUGCGUGCGCUCGGCGCUCCCGCGGGCUCCUCGGAGGGUCAGCCCCGAGCCCAAGGCAGAGGGCGAGCGUUGCCGAGGUUCCAGGCGCCGCAGCCCCAGGAGCAGGGCGCAGGCCAGCCGCGCCUCGACCUCCUCGGGCCCGCUCUGGUCCCCCGCGCUGGCCGCGCUGAGGUGCCGCACCAGCUGCAGCACCGCCAAGCGCCUCGCGCGCAGUUCCCCGGCCUUGCGCUGGAGGCGCUCGACCUCCGACUCGGCGUGCUCCACCAUUGAUAUCAGGCCAUCCUCCUCUAGACUCGUCGGCGCGCGCGGGCGCGCUGCGGGUCUGCAGCGGCGGCCCCCACGCUGUGCUGCGCAUCCUGGCUGGCGAGCGCAGGCUGCCCCCCCCCGCCGCGAGGCGUCCUGCUCUGCCGCCACCAGCUCGGCCGCAUCCGCGGCCGGGCGCUCGACCUCUCUGCCGGCGGCCCCGCGGCUGACGAUGAGGUCUGCGGCCGCCUUCUCCGAGGCCGUCCUGCGCAGCCCGAGUGCUGCCGCCUCGCUGCAGAGCACGGUGACCUCCUGCUCCACGGCCUCUGCGGACAGCUCGGCCGCGCAACCCACGGCCCGCUGCGCCUCCACGGCGCGCUCCUGGGCCUGGCACUCAUCCUGGGACUCCUGCACCUGGCGCCACGCCGCUCCCCGCUGGCCUCCGAGCUCGGCCGACCUCUUCAGGAGGCCCUGGCGCUCCUCCUGCGCCUUGCGAAGUUGCCCCCGCACCGCAUCGAGCUCGGCACUCAGGGUCUUCGGGUCGGCCGACUGCCGCGGGAAGCCAUCCAGCUCCUCGCUGGCCUCCUGCAAGCCCCUGGCCGUCUUUUUCCAACUCAGCCCUACAGUCGGCCGACUGCCGCAGGAGCCCCUCUUUCUCCUCCGCGGCCUCCUGCGAGUCCGCCGCGUCCGCGUCGGCCCUCAGAUCGGACGACUGCCGCACGAGCCCUUCCUUCUCGUCCGCGGCCUCCUGCAAGCACGUGGCCGCCGCGUCCGCCUCGGCCCUUAGGUCGGGCGACUGCCGCACGAGCCCUUCCUUCUCCUCCGCGGCCUCCUGCAGCCCCUGGCCGCCGCGUCCGCCUCGGCCCUCAGAUCGGCCGGCUGCCGCAGGAGCCCCUCCUUCUCCUCCGCGGCCUGCUGCAAGCCCACUGCCGCCGCGUCCGCAUCGGCCCCCAGAUCGGCAGACUGCCGCAGGAGUCCUUCUCUCUCCUCCGUGGCCUCCUUAGUCGGCGGCAUCCAAAUCCGACCAACAACUAUCGAUUUUCCUGAAUCGAUGGGAGGCCAGGGUAGGGUUUGGAAUUUGCCACGUGUUCGACGAUUUCCGAACCCUACCCCCGCGGCCCAUCGAGUUGCCCGCUGAAUCGUUGACCCGCGAAGGAGGGCUCGGCUUCUACAAGCACCUGGCCGCCGCAUCCGCCUCGGCCCUCAGGUCGGCCGAAUGCCGCAGGAUGCUCGGCUACACGCAAGAGUGACCCUGGGCAAGAGUGACCUUUGAUGCGGGGGCCGCGGGGAGGCCAAACCAGACCGCGCAAGCCGUUGCUAUCGCAUCGCAUUUAGCCGCCUGGGGGCCCCACUGUGCCCGCACAGAAAAUCAUCCCUUCAGAAGGUCAAUCUUGCGUGUAGCCGACAUGUCGCCCACUCGGCCGACUGUUCGGCCGACUACCUCGCUGACCCCCGCAGUUCGCCCUGCGCCUGCGCCGCGCCGUGGCUGGCCAGCUGUCGCAGGAGGCCCUGCUUCACCCCCUCGGCCACCUCUUCGUGAGCAUCGUUGAUCCGAUUCCGAGUUAAGCAGCGUGCACGAAGGGCAGGGGGGAGGAUGAAGGCUUUUUAGAAAGAGCCUGCUGGUUAUAAGGCGCUGGCUCAGACAAGGCCCACGCCUUCUAAUAAGCAGGGUGUUUCUAAAAAGCCUUCCCCCUCCCCCAUACCCCCCUUCUGCGCGUGGCCGACUAUCCUCACUGGCGUGGCCUUGGCCCCACUGGCCGAUUUCCCCCCCCCUGAUGGGGACACGGGCCGUCCCAUUAGGGCUUCGAGGCGCCUCUCCCCAACAAAAGGCGCGGGACGGUGGGGCGGAGAUCCCGUGCCCAGUCGGGGAUGGGGAUAGGUUGAACGACGCUGACUGCGGACGCCCGAAAUACGCACGGGGAAAAUCUAUAAGAUACCCAGCACUGAGUGUUUCUCAAGACAGACAUUAGCCGCUGUCGGGCAGACGGCCUCCUGUCUCGAAUGGACAACGCCCGCGGCGGCCCCGACAGCGAGCCCUAUCCAAAAUGGACAGGGACUGAUGUCAGUCUUCGCCUCCAUUCCUUCCAUAUCCAUGUCGAUAGAAGCCUCCACAAUGGGGUCCUAAAUAGAUGUCUCGUCCCUCCUACCAGCGACGGCUCUCUUCCGCAGCUGCGCGGCACCUCCGCGCGAAGCGGACCCCCGCCAUCACACGGGCCCCCGGCGGCGGCGGGGUUUCGGGCACCUCUCGGCUGGCCGCCGCCACGCGGUUCGCCACGGCGUCCUCCAGCAUGGACCAUCCAGGGCGGCCAUGGAGCGCCCUCCGCCGCUUUUGCGCUGGCUCCUCGGCCACUGCCUGGUCCACAAGCUCCCUCAGCGGCCGCCGCGCCGCCUCCACGGUGAAGUCCGCGGUCACCGCUACCUGCUCGAGUGUUCCCUCGAACUCGAGCUCGUCCGC